AAAUGAGAAAAUAUAUACCGUUGAAAAGGAAUGAGAAUAGCGAAACGUAUUUAUUUAUAUUCAAACGUUAAGCCUGAAUUUCGUUGUUUUCAAACGCAAAUUCAAAAUCUUUCAACGUUUUCAUUUUUUGCUGUAAACAUUAAAGAUUUUGACCAUUCAUUAAGGACUUUUUUUGAACGUGAUCUGGUUUUAUAACUAUUCCAACAACAAAAGAGCUUUUCAUAUCCAACAAACACCAGUUUCACAUUUGAGUUGAGCUUCGAAGACUGUGUGUAGUUAGCAGCCUGAAUUGUCUUUUAUCACGUUACAUGGUCCUCCCUAUCCAUCAAGGUGGAUUCUCCUAAAUAUUCCAAGGGCAGCCCGACUAUGGCGAAAGCUCCCAAGAAGAAGCGGAAAAUGUUCCAGAAGCGUGCUUCCACGUCUUCUGGCACAGUGACCUCCUUCAAGAAGUUGCAACUGUCUCUGUUGAACAGCGACUUCCUGGGGAAGGCUUGCAGUGGCAAAGCCAACAAGGCCCUGCUGCCCAAGAAGCCUAUAGAGUUGUCCAGGUACCCGGAGUAUAUGGAGAUGAUUCGCAAGUACGAUGUUAUACCGAAGACUGAGUUUCAGGUGGCAUCGAAAGGGGAGAAUCACAGCACCAGGCAUGCUUCGAAAGCAGCAAAUGAAACAAAGAAUAGUUAUAAAAAGCUCGUACCUUUUGACUACAACCGAGUUGUUUUAGAACCUUUGCCUGGUGUUCCAGACUCAGAUUACAUUAAUGCAUCAUAUAUUGACAGCAUACUCAAGCCAAAUGCUUUCAUCGCAGCGCAAGGUCCGAACGAGUUCACUAUCACUGAUUUCUGGAGGAUGGUAUGGGAGCAGGAUUCUUACGUCAUCGUCAUGCUCACCAAAGUUUUCGACUUCAUACGGGUAAUGUGUGUACAGUACUGGCCGACAGAAAUGGACAGGCCAGAGGAGUAUGGCGAUCUAGAAGUGACGCUAUUAGCGGAGGAACAGUUGGCCAAUUUCUUCAUUCGAACUCUUCGGCUAAGGAAGGGUCAAGAAGAACGGGAGGUGGUGCAACUGCACUACACCAACUGGCCGUCACACACUUGUCCUUUUCCAUCUGCUUUGCUUGAGUUCCGUAGGAGAGUCAGAGUUUACAGAAUGCGCUACCCUAGCACUGGACCAUUACUUGUACAUUGCAGUGACGGAUGUGGACGAACGGGCAGCUAUUUGUGCAUAGAGGCGAAUCUAGAGAUGGCCGAAGAAGAUUCGGCGUACGACGUUUUCGGAUACGCCAAGAAACUCAGGGCAUCACGGAGAGGAAUGAUCGAGACAUUGGACCAUUACAGAUUCAUUUACGAGGCUCUGGAGGAGGCAAACAUCUGUGGCUCAACAUGGUUCCCGGUUUCGGCUCUUUCGCAGCAGUUAAAAUACCGUUCCAUUCGCAACCCUAUUGAUCAUCUCAAUGAAUACCAGAAAGAAUAUCAGAAAAUUUGUAAAAAUUCUUCAAAGCUGUCAAUUGGUGACUGUGCAGGAGGUCACAGACCAGAAAACAGGGACAAGAAUCGAGAUGUAUCCAUCGUUCCACCUGACAAUUUCCGACCUUAUCUGACGUCAUUCCAAAGCAAUGACAACACAGAUUACAUCAAUGCUGUUUUCGUAGACGGUUAUACGAGAUCCAAGGAAUACAUAGCUACCGAAUGGCCUCUGCAGCGGACCAUGCAAGAUGUGUGGUCAUUAGUGUACGACCACGACUGCAACACGGUCGUGGUGCUGGCCAAUCCACAGCCUUCUAAUGCAUUUCCCCCUUUCUGGCCUACCGAACGGGAAAGGAAAAAGAAAUAUGGACCUGUCUUUACAGUAGAUAUGGUUUCUUCGAACCAUUACCCGAAUAUUAGGACGUGGAUCUUCAGGAUAAACAAAAGAGUGGUAUCCUUGACUGAGUUAAUGGCGGGAGUGAAGGCAGAGCCCAAAACGACGCAGCUGUUUCAAAUCACAUGUUGGCCGGCGGGUCACAAAGUACCGACUUCCACCAACGCGCUAGUCGAACUGAUGAACAUGGUAGAGCGUUGGAGGCAGAGAUCCACCUAUGGGCCCGUGGUCGUCCUUUCAGCUAAUGGCCGCUCUCGUGUUGGAGUGUACUGUGCUGCUUGUGUGUCCAUCGAACAGGUAAUUCAACACGGCGAAGUGGAUGUGUUCCAAGCUGUCAAAACUGUCCGACGACAUCGGCCACAACUUGUUGAAAAUAUGACGGAGUACAAGUAUUGCUACGAUUUGGUGUUACACUACGUACUGCAUUACCUGAACAGCCUCUAAUCAUCCUGAAAAGCAUCUAAAAGACUAAGGAAAACACUAACAUCCAUGAGAGAUAAAGAUUACAUCAAAUUCCGAUGUCAAGUAAUGUCAGCGCAUACAGAACAAAUAUUGAGUGUACUGACUCAUGCAUUGAGAUGUUCUUCAACAUUUAUACAAUGCUCAACUCUGCAUUUAUGACACUCACGUGUGACGUCACGUUUCAGCGAGAAAACUGUUAGCAAGACUCUGAUAUUUCGAGUGGUGAAACUUAUAAUUACAGGCAACGUUGACGGAAAAAGUAAUAGGGUUUUAAUUUAAGAAAACUUCUGAAUUUAGCAAUUUUACUAUCUAAUUAGAAAAACUAUUAUACUCGGAGUAGAGUUAAAUUGACAAAACAGUACAAAACCUACAGUACAGUAGAAGGCCAAUACCUUUUCAUAUAUAUUAAUUUUCAACUUGCAUGAUCUGCAAACAUCUUACUAGUUUUCGGCACAUUUGAAAAGAACGUUUUAGGUAUAGCUGCUAUCUGAAAAAGCAGUACAGGAAAAAAAAUCCCAUACAUAUGCUCAUAUAAAGUAGAUUUCUUUCGUGAUUCAUUUUGGCAAACAUUUUUUGGCGAAUGUACAAAUUUUGAAAAGUAAUUAUGAUUAAUAAAGCAAAUUCUUUGCGAAAGUUUCUAUAAAAUAUUUUAUUUUUAUUAUUAUUUUUUCUUUGCAUUUUGUAUAAAUUUGUAUUCAAUUAUGUGCUAAAUUUCAGUUUCCUAAACAAAAUAUUUUUACUAUUAUUUGUUUUCCAAUUACAUUUCAAUUUAUGCUUCUUUUAUACCAAAAACCAAAAUCUUUUAAUUCCACAUCAAACACAAACUUCUUUGGUGGCACUAAUUCAUUCAUUAAACAUGAAGCAUUUAUUCAUCAUUAGAGAUAAUUCCAAUCUAAAAUCAUUAAACAGUUGUGAUUAUUUCAGUAUCAUUAUUACAUAUCGAAGACUUCUUUACUUCAGGCGUUUUAUUUAAAAGGGAAGGCAAUAAAAAAAGUACCCAGCUUUUCUUUCAGACAAAAAUUAGUCAAAUCUUACGCCUUCUGCCUUUUCAAGUUAAACUUCAUCGACUUUCAACUUCAGUGCGUCUUUUUUUCUUUGCUUAUUUUUCCUUGCCAACAUUGUGGUGAAAGCCCAGGGAAAAAUCUCAUUGUCACAGCAUUGCACUUAUAUUUCGGUAAUAAUGCACAAAGGUGACGAUCUACCUGUAUAGUUAUUCCAUUAAUUCCCAGAUGGCGCCACUGAAAUUCGACAUUGAAGUAAUCUGCACUUAGUGGAGCCGCCUAAGAACUAAUUGACUAAAGUAACAGCUAGAUUGCCUUCGAAAUGAAUACCUACGCCUUCUUUCAUCUUUCGUAUUAUUUUGGAGAGAUAAGACAAGAGCAUAGCUCAUAUUAAAAACUAAUUGAUGAGAGAUAUGUUAAAAAAAAAAACAUGAACAGGUUUUAAAAGUUAUACAGUAAGCUGUAUAAAGACAUAUAUGAGGUUAAAGGAGUGGAACAUUUCUUCCGCUAUCCUGCCUUCAUAGAUUACACCGGCCUUGCCUGUACCCUAGCAAUGAGAGAGGUCCAAUUGUUUUUGAUACUGCAGAAAUCUUAUUUGUGUAGAAGAGAUAUAUAUUUUGCACAUUUCUCAGAUUUUAAUAUCACACGCUCUGUUUAUUGUAUUGUCCAAAUGCGUAGAAACCUUCGCCCUUGUAGCUAUUUAAUAAAAGUAGUUGAAGUUGC